AUGAUUGUUCCGCCAGUGUCGAUGGUAAUGUAUCACGAACUACCGUCUCUCAAAAACAAGAGUGAGUGAGAUUCAAUCGUUACCACUUGGGUCUAGGUUUUGGUAUUAGGAGGAAUACUUUUCGUUUACUUUUGGGUGCUAGUCCACACGUUUCUGGUCAGACUGUUUUUUGUCACAAGAUGUCUGAAAACCUAGCGCCGUUCCCAGCAAAAUUCAGUUGAAAACAUUGAAAACAAACGAAAUAAUAUUUUUCAUAAAUGACUGAAAGUCUGACGCAUACUCAUACAUAGUUGUUCCUUUUUCGCACAAAACAAGAUUAUAUUCAGACAAGUCACAAGCUGAGUAGAUAUUGUAUUUUUAAAGUUUCUAAGGUCUGUGGGCGGGAAAGGAAGAAGAUUCCUUCACUUCUCGCACAUAAUUUGAAUUCUUUUCAGAAAGGGAAAAGAUCCCGGAAGGCACUUUGUGUGUGGUGUGCAGUGAUUUGGCCAGUGGUAUUCAUUACUCGGUGGCGAGCUGCAAUGGAUGCAAAACGUUUUUUCGACGGGCCCUUGUGGUGAGUCCUUAUUUUGAAAAAGAGUGUAGUUUGAGCAGAGGGACACUCUGGCUAGAACUAACGAGCUGACGUUGAACCAUUCAUCCUGAAAAUCAAGCGUUGCGAGAUGGCUUUUCCCGUUUUCCUCGCUUUCAAAAUGAGAAGAGCCCUCCGCGAAUAGAUCGUUUGUGCAUAAAUCACUCAACGGCGUCGUCCGUCAUCAGAUGUAUUCGAAGAAAAUGAGACUGCGGAAAUGCGGAGGAUGAGGCAGAAAUGUACAUAAUAUAGCAUAGUUGCCACGGGCCGGGCCGGGCCGGGCCGGGCCGGGCCGAAAAUUACAAAACUCCGGCCCGGCCCGGCCCGUCGGCCCAGCCCGGCCCGGCCAGCCCGACCCGGCCCGGCCCGGUCGGCCCGGUUCAAAAAGCGGGAAUUCAAAAUUUGAAUUAUUGAUCGCAUGAAUCCAUUUUUUUGUAGAAUUAGGGGGUUUUUUUGCAAGCAUCGAACAUUGAAAAAAACAAAUGUAUUUCUCAUAAAAAAAUUCAUAAUAGCAAGAAAAACAAAGAAGAAACACUAAAACUUUAGUUCGAAAAAUUUUUUUGUAAUGACGAAAAAAAUUUCCGCGAAAAAUUUGAAUUCCCGCCUUUUUGAACCGGGCCGACCGGGCCGGGCCGAGCCAGCACUUCACCGACCCGGCCCGGCCCGGGCCAGCACUUUACCAGCCCGGCCCGGCCCGGCCCGCCCGGCCCGGGCCGGCCCGCAUGGCCGGCCCGAAAUCUGGCAAGUCUGUAAUAUAGCCUGCAAAAGUUCUGGAGUUGUCCGCGGAAAAAGUUCCGGCUCUCUCUUUUUCCUCUCCUCUUUUGGGUUGUCCUCGUCACGCGCCACAAACUUCGUUCUCUACUAUGCCGCAGUUUUUAGUGCUCUCAGUUUCUAUUUGCUCGAGAAAUGUUUCGAGGGCUAAGAGAAAAAAAAGGGAAGGGGAAGCGAAGAGAAUAGCCGGCGAUGCGCAAGAGGAGACAUUGUUCCGCUUCGAUUGUAUCAAAUUUGCCAGAAGGGGUCCGACGGACACGGAAGACGGAAACAUGAGAACAAGCCCGCCGAAUAAGGCUCGCCGAGAAGAAAGGGGACGAGUCAUCCACAAAUUGUCCUUUUUUUCAGAACAAACAAACAUUCACUUGCCAGUUUUCCGGAGACUGUGUCGUCGGAAAAUGUGAGUUCAACGGGAUUAGCCAAGGGCGUCCAGUUUGCUUAUUCUUCCGCUUUUUCAGCUGUGCGAUGUGUGUGCCGGAGCUGUCGACUCAAAAAAUGCUUCGAUAUGGGAAUGGAUCCCAAGGGUAGGUACAUUUUGAAUCGGAAAUCAUAACACAAUUCAAUUUGGUCGCCAGUGACAACUGUGAUUGAUUUAUCACGACCAAAGCACUACAAAACACAUUCUGAGAAAUGAGACGUAAAAUUAAAUUGAAUUUUCCUAUUUUGCCGUCUUGAGUUUUUGAUUGAUAGCGUGGCAGUAAAAGAAAAGGGGUUGCAAACGAUAACCGUAGAAAAGAUAUUUGAGAAUGAUAACAUGACGUUACACACCCAAACAACCAUCUUCAUUCUUUUUCAUGAGUUUCGUCAAAAGUUACCCAAUUGAAACGAAAAACUUUGAAGACGAGUAUUAUUCACCACAUGUUCUCAUCUUUUCAAACUUCGAAGAUUUGAUCUCUAACCUCAGUUCAUUGCAGCCAUCCAACAUGAUCGGGACAAAAUACGGUAUACGAAAGCGCUUAAGAAAAAGCGAGAAGAAGAGAAGCGGAAGGAAAUGAUAAUCAAGGAAGACAUUGGGAGUCCUCAAAGCAUUGCAUCGGAUUUGUACAUCAAUACGUCCACACCGUCCUCUAGUACAAUGGUGAACGUUGUUGAUAACGAUCAUAAUGUCAUUGAUCCAGAAAUGCAGGUUUGUGUUGGAUACCGAGCAUUCUAAUAGUUUUCAUUUUUGCAGCAAGACGUCAGAGCAAUAAUUGAUGAUUUAUUACGGACAGAGUCAAAAGUGAAAUCACUUAGGAACUCUUAUCGCUUCGAAUCACAACUGUCUGCCACUUCGAGCAUGUACUCAAGGUUUGUUCACGUCUCGUAGUUUACGACAAAACAAAAAGACUUUUAUGGUUGCCAAGAUCUUUCUGUCAGCUGCUAGAAAAAAGAAAGAAAACGCACUAUCCAGAAUUCAUUACAAGUGAACGAACGAGUUUCUCAGUGAAAAAAAAACAAGCAAUCGAACGUUGUGCUUUUGUACCCAAACCAAAUUCUCUUUUUUUCUUCUUCAUCUCACGUUCCUCGCCAAACACAUUUCUGUUUUGCUCGUUCGUUCCCAGCGCCAAAGCCUUGAAUGUGUUUAGAGUUCUGAGAAAAAAACGGCGAGGCGAGUGAGGGGGUAUGGAAAACAAAUCCAGUACUUAGCCUGGAGUGCACGGCCACCGGAAGCAUUCCGAAUGCAUGCUUUUUCUUUUACAGCUGUUUGUUGGAUGACAUCACGUGGAUGGCUGAGAACUCGCUUCCGCAAGAGACAACUGCCGAGCCCUUCGAGUGUUCGCUGGCGAAAUUGAGGGAAUGGUUCGUGCGGGAUCUGUCGUUGAUGCUCGAGUGGGGCAAGUGCCUACCGAUCAUGGAAAACUUGCUUCUCAAUGACAAGGUUUGUCUUUUUCGCUCAUGACACAUUAUUCUGAACAAAUCAUUUCCAGCUAGCUUUGAUGAAGGCCUUUGCUCCAAUAUUUCCGCUGAUUCAAUUAGCCUUCUAUACUAGAAACGAAUUCGAAUGUGAUAUUGUAAUAAGUGAGUAAUCAAAAGAAGCCCUUAAUUGGAUUACUUUAACAAAUAUUUCCAGAGAUCGAGCCGGAUUGUACGCCAAGGCCAAUUCCGGAGAGGCUCAAUUACCCAGACGGCUCAUUCAUCGAGAAAGGGGACAAGCCGACGAAUUCAUGGUGAGUCAAUGCCGUGCUUCUCGCAUAUCUUUCUCAAGUGGAGCUUUCAGGGAGGAGAUGCACGCGAUGCUAAUUGACGGAUGCUAUAAAAUGAUGAGAAAGCUGAAUAUCAAGGAAUCAACUUUUGUGCUCUACAAGAUGCUGCUUUUCCAUAACCCAGGUUUGUGCGUUUCGAGAGAUGACGUCGCACAUCGUGUUUUCCGCGUCUCUGUUCCCAAGGGAAACCGUUUUUUUUUCAAAUUCCUCUUUUCAAGUGCAUUUUGACGCAUACAUAGAAAUAGAGAAAAGCUGGCUCUUUUUAAAACUGAAGGGGGAAAGAAAAGAAAACACAAAAAAAAAACUGAUUGGCUUUGUUAAGUUCAACGUACUUUUUAGAUGCCGACGGACUUUCUUCAAUGGGAAAGAAAACUAUUGAGAACGAGAGGAUGCGGCUGCUGACUCACAUGUAUGCCUAUCUUGUGGAUGAGCGGAAAGAAGAUGCUCAGAAGAUUUUCUCCAAUCUUCUAAUGAUGUCCGCAACAUUAAGCGUGAGUAGAACAAAUCAAAAGGAAAUCAAAUCGAAUAGAUCUCUGUAUUUCAGAAAACAGCGUCGUUCAUCAAGCGAGUGUUCGAUUUCAAUCACAUCUUCCAUCGCACCAACGACUUGAUAGACCAGUUGAUCAUAGUUGGCCUGUAG